AUGGCUUCUCAUAUCGCUAAAUCCUCCUUGUCCUCUCUCCUAACAAACAACGCCAGAAAUGCUGCUACUCUUAGCGCAAUUAAAAAGGCCUCAGUCAUCCAAUCUCAAAAAAUGAUGUUCCCAGUAAGAGAAAACUCAACUACUUCAGGUCUCACAAGAAUCACCGUCAGAGAUGCUUUGAACUCUGCAAUGGCUGAGGAAUUAGAAGCCGAUAAGGAAGUCUUUUUGAUGGGUGAAGAAGUCGCUGUUUAUAACGGUGCUUACAAGAUCUCAAGAGGUUUACUUGAUAGAUUCGGCGAUAAAAGAAUAAUCGAUACCCCAAUCACUGAAAUGGGUUUCACUGGUUUAUGUGUCGGUGCUGCUUUAGCUGGCUUGAAACCAAUUUGUGAAUUUAUGACUUUUAAUUUCGCCAUGCAAGCAAUUGAUCAAAUUAUUAAUUCUGCCGCUAAAACAUUUUAUAUGUCUGGUGGUAAACAGCCUUGUAAUGUAACCUUUAGAGGUCCCAAUGGUGCUGCCGCUGGUGUUGCUGCUCAACAUUCCCAAUGUUAUGCUGCUUGGUAUGGUUCAAUUCCAGGUUUGAAAGUUGUAUCCCCAUACAGUGCUGCUGACUAUAGAGGUUUGAUCAAGGCUUCCAUUAGAGAUCCAAAUCCUGUCAUUUUCUUGGAGAAUGAAUUGUCUUAUGGUGAAUCCUUUGACUUGUCUGAAGAGGAACUAUCUACCGAUUUCCUCUUACCAUUCGGUAAAUCAAAAAUUGAAAGAGAAGGAAAAGAUAUAACCAUUGUUUCUCACUCAAGAAAUGUUCAAUUUUCUCUUGAAGCCGCUGAAAUCCUCAAACAAAAAUAUGAUGUAGACGCCGAAGUCAUCAACCUAAGAUCGAUUAAACCAAUGGAUAUUCCAGCUAUCAUUCAAUCAAUUAAAAAGACUAACCACAUCAUUACUGUUGAAGCAGGUUUCCCAGCUUUUGGUGUAGGUUCCGAAAUCUGUGCUCAAAUUAUGGAAAGUGAAGCUUUCGAUUAUUUAGAUGCCCCUGUUGAAAGAGUCACUGGUUGUGAAGUUCCUACUCCCUAUGCUAAAGAAUUAGAAGAUUUUGCCUUCCCAGAUAAGGAAACUAUUGUUAGAGCCGCAAAGAAAUCUCUAUCAAUUGAAUCAAAAAACUAA